ACGUCAGAAUCCUGCCCACAGCUCGCAUUCGCUGCUAGGACGCGUCGUCUUCCUAGGUGUCUUCCCGGCUGGUAACGGUGCUCUGUGCUGAGCGAUGCCCCCGGGGAAAGAACCAAAGCGAGCGGCUGCUGUGGUGAUCGCGGCGUGCGGGUAGAGGCUGUCCGUUUGGUCCCGUGUUGGGGUAGCCGGGAUGUUUGGCUCCGCGUUUCAGUUCCUCGUAUCGCAGGGGCGCCAGACUUUGGCUAGGUGGAUGCACGGCCGGCACCCCACCGACAGCCUUCUUGGAUCGGACCAGCUGGAAGAGGGCUACCACCAGCACCACCACAACCAUUACUCAGCGAUGCAGAGCCCUGGCCUGCUGGAGCCGUGGAGCUGCCCCGGACUGUGUUGGUGCCGGAGUGUGGUGCUCCUGUGCGCCGUGUGCGCGCUGUGCUGUGCCUCGCUGGCUCUGGUCCGCCACUACCUCAAAGACCUGCUGCUGUGGGUGGAGAGCCUGGACAGCGUGUUCGGAGUGCUGCUGUUUGUCGUGGGCUUCAUCCUGGUGUCCCUGCCGUGCGUGUGGGGUUACAUCGUGCUGAAUGUGGCAGCCGGCUACCUGUAUGGCCUGGGCUGGGGUAUCGGACUGGUCGUGGUCGGGGUGCUCAUCGGGACCUUCAUAGCUCACCUGGUGUGCAAGAAGCUGCUCACCCACUGGGUCCUCGCUAAGAUAGAGAGCAGCCACAGGCUGGGAGCUGUCAUUCGGGUGGUGGAGGGAGGCAAUGGCCUCAAAGUUGUGGCUCUGGCCAGACUCACCCCCAUCCCCUUUGGACUCCAAAAUGCUGUAUUCUCGAUUACAGAUGUAUCGCUACCCAACUAUCUUGCUGCUUCUUCAGUGGGCCUGUUUCCUACUCAGCUGCUUAAUUCCUAUCUGGGAACAACGUUGCGUACCAUGGAUGAUGUCAUUGCAGAGCAAAGUGUUAGCGGAUACAUUAUUUUCAGUUUGCAGAUUGUGAUAAGCAUAGCCCUUAUGUUUUAUGUUGUUCAUCGGGCUCAAGUGGAACUGAAUGCAGCUAUUAUAGCUUGUGAAAUGGAACUGAAGACUUCCCUCAAAAACAGUCAGCUCAAUGGCACUAGCUCCACAUUCUGCAGCAAAAGGACACAGUUUUCCCUCGGAGGGAUCAACAUUGUAUGAUUGUCAAACUUUCCGUUCCUAGCCUUUGUUUGUUGCCAAGAUGAUAGUUCCUGAAGAUUACAAUUCUUAAUUUUGGAUGGAACACUUAUUAUUCCUAAAAAGAAA